AUGGUGCGGCCGGCGGAGGCCGCGGUGACCGGACGCCGGAGGACGCACAGCCGGCGCUGCCGCCCGCCGCUUGCCGGGCGGGCCUGCGACCGGCACGUCCGGGCCUCCAGAAACCAGGAGCGUCUGGAGCCCGCGCGGGGAGGGCUCAAUCCGGGGCCCUCGGCCCCCGCCGCUCCCUUUUAUGGAGGCCCAUUGUCGGCACCCUCCCGGCCGGCCCGCCGCGAGCCCGCCCCCCCAGCCCGCGCGGCCAAUCGCGCGUGGCCCCGCCCCGGGCACGCGGCUCCGUUAGAAUCCAGGGACCCGCAGGGCGGCGGGAAGGGCCUCGGGCUCCUGGCCGCCCCGCUGCGCGGAGACCCUGCAUGGCCUCUGUACUCUGUAAUUUGGAUCUCUGGGAAUCGCCUUUGUUGUGGGCGGCCAACCACAGGCAAAGCAAGCACCUGCUCCUCCAGCCGGUCCUCGCAGAAAGACCCCCGGUGCCGAGCCCCUGGCUGCCUCUUCAAGUCCCAUCUUUCGGCUUCCCGGGAGCUGGGGGCCCCGAGGCAUCCCGGGGCUCGCGGCCAGGGUCUGCUCCAGCAUUUCUCAGCCGUGGUGGCGCGCGUCCCAGGUGCCCGACCACCCACCCUGGGCCAGCCUUCUUCGCCUCCUCGGGCCGGGCUGGGGUUCUGGGGCCGCGUCAAGGGCCUUGUCUGGAACCUCCGGGCCUGUGCGACCAGAAGUCUGAGUCACGGCGGCGGACGCCUUCUGCUCCCGUCUACCAUCCUGGGGCCACCUCCACCCCGCAGUGUCGGGUCCCGGCGGAGCCACCUCUGCCAGUCUACUGCGCGCCCCCUUUCCCGGCCUGAGUCUCCGCGACCGCAGCCCCCACCUCCGGCCGGCUCUGGGGCAGCCUCACCCGCGAGCCCCUCCAAUGGAGAAGCCAGAACUCCCAGCGCUCCCGGGCGGCUCCUGCGGGAGGGGGCGCGGCCGCCCCCGCGGCUCCACCCUCUCGGCGGGGACGCAGCCAUCUGGGGCCCCUGCUAGUUGCGUCCGCUGCGGGGC